AUUUUUUGAGGUUAUGUUUGUUUGAAUUUAAUUUUCAUUUAACGUUUAAAAAAUAAUAAGUAGGAAUUUAUUAGUACUGAUUUAAUCUGCUUUACUUUAUAUUGGUAUUAUGAAAUCUAAAACAACUCUCAAUGAAUGCAGAGUAAUAAUAAUUUGGGUUUAAUACUGGUAUUUUUAACAGUUAGUAUUGAUUAUUGCUUGAUCAAAAUUGACAUCAACAUGGCAGAAAUUCGUGAGAUUGAUGGCUCUGUAUUAGAAGGGGGAGGCCAAAUUUUACGGAUGUCAGCCUCUUUGAGUGUUUUGCGGAAGAUUCCAAUACGUGUGAUGAAUAUACGCGCUGGGAGAAGCAAACCUGGUCUCAGACCUCAACAUUUGAAAGGUUUGGAAAUCGCUCGCGAUAUUUGCAACGCAAAACUCGAGAAUGCUGUUGAAAACUCAGUUGACGUCACUUUCAGGCCUGGAAAACUCACUCCCGGAAAUUAUGUUGGAGAUACUAAAACGGCCGGGAGUGUUUGCCUCAUGCUCCAGGUCGCUCUUCCUUGUGCACUGUUCAGUUCUGGUAGAACAGUGUUGCAUUUGAAGGGAGGUACAAACGCUGAUAUGGCUCCGCAAAUUGACUAUACCAUAAAUGUAAGUUGUUUCUUCCCAAAAGGCGGCGGUGAGUUGUUGGUAACAAUAGAUCCAGUUAGAAGUUUGAGUCCGAUUAACAUGAAUGAAACUGGACAAAUCACACGAAUCUGGGGACUUGCUUAUGUAGCUGGACAGGGAGAGUUUCUCAUCAAGAUUUUGAAAGAUAUGGCCACCUCAGCCGAAAGACUCUUGAAAUCGUCAGUACCUGGUGUACCAAUUGACAUCAAACAAAUCAAGGAACCUCCUCAGAAUGCUGUUGGAAUCGGAUCUGGAAUAUGUAUUUUCGCCGAAACCAGCACAGGUUGUAUACUUGGCGGCAGUGCUUUGGGCAAAAGAGGCGUGCAUGCAAGUGAAGUUGCCAACAAUGCCGUCAAUGAAAUCGUUGAGUCAAUCAAGAGUUCUGCUUGUGUCGAUCAGUAUAGUCAAGAUCAGAUAAUAAUUUUUAUGGCGCUGGCUGCAGGAAAGUCUAGAGUACGUUGUGGACCAAUUACCCUCCACACCAAAACAGCUAUACACAUAGCUGAGCUUUUAACAAAG